AUGUCUCACCUACAAGCGUCAAAUCUCUUCUCCGUUAAAGACCGGGUUGUCGUGAUCACCGGAGGCGGCAGUGGCCUCGGUCGCAUCAUGACAAAAGCUCUUGACGCUAAUGAAGUCUCCAAAAUCUUCAUACUGGGCCGACGCGAAGAUGCCCUUCAAGAAACGAUCUCACAAAGCAUCAACGGCACCGUAAUUCCAAUUAUAUGCGACAUCACCUCUAAAAAAUCCCUCGAGGAAGCCUACAAGGCAGUCGCAGCCCAGACCACCCACAUCGACCUCCUGAUCGCAAAUAGCGGUAUUAUGGGCCCCUCUAUGAAACCUCCGCAGCCCGCGGCGGACGGCUCCCUCCCACCUCUGUCCCAAAUCCGCGACAAGCUGUUCAGCGUUCCAAUGGAUGAAUUCAACAAAGUGCUGAAUGUAAAUGUGACGGGAUCUUAUUAUACAAUUCUCGCAUUCCUGCCCCUGCUUGAAGCAGCCAACAAACGACGACCUGCCCCGCGAGCUGGCGUUGUGGGAGCACCAACUGCACAGGUCAUUAUCACUAGCUCAGUUGCUGGCUAUGCACGGAAUGUCUCAUUUAGUUUUGCCUUUAACGCGUCUAAGUCUGCGACUACCCAGUUGGUGAAAAUUCUUUCUACUUCGUUUGCUUAUUACAGCAUUCGGGUCAACGGUCUUUCGCCUGGUCUUUAUUAUUCUGAUAUGGCAACCCAUGUUUUCCAGGAUGCUAGUAUUCCUGGUCAAGCUAUUGAGGAUGGUUCAUUCCCGCGUGAGAUGAUCCCUGCUACUAGAGGUGGCAGUGAAGGGGAUAUGGGUGGUUUGAUUGUUUGGCUGGCUAGUAACUCCGGUGGUUAUAUCAAUGGUAAUAUCUUAGUUACUGAUGGAGGCCGGAUUUCUAUUGUGCCGGCUUCUUAUUAG